AUGCAUCGGACGACCAGGAUCAAAAUCACGGAGCUGAACCCCCAUCUGAUGUGUGUUCUCUGCGGAGGAUACUUCAUAGACGCUACGACCAUCAUCGAGUGUCUUCAUUCUUUCUGUAAAACCUGCAUUGUGCAUUAUCUGGAGACCAGCAAGUAUUGCCCUAUUUGUGAUGUCCAGGUGCACAAGACCAGACCCCUGCUGAAUAUCAGGGCAGACAAAACCCUUCAAGACAUUGUGUACAAGCUGGUGCCAGGGCUUUUCAAAAAUGAAAUGAAACGUCGCAGAGACUUUUAUGCAGACAAUCCUACUGCAGCUGCGGCAAAUGGCUCCAAUGAGGACAGGGGGGAGGUAGCAGAUGAAGACAAAAGGAUCAUCACAGACGAUGAGAUUAUCAGUUUAUCCAUCGAGUUCUUUGACCAGACCCGGGUGGAUCGAAAAGGGAACAGAGACAAGGAUAAAUCGAAGGAGGAGGCCAAUGACAAGCGGUACCUGCGCUGUCCUGCUGCGAUGACUGUCAUGCAUCUGCGGAAGUUUCUGAGAAGUAAAAUGGAUAUUCCCAAUGCCUUCCAGAUCGAUGUGAUGUAUGAAGAGGAGCCCCUGAAAGACUAUUACACGUUAAUGGACAUCGCAUACAUCUACACGUGGAGGAGGAACGGGCCUCUUCCAUUGAAGUACCGCGUGAGACCUACCUGUAAAAGGAUGAAGAUCAGCCACCCUGCCGACAGAAUGAACAACAUCAGCGGCGACCUGGAAAGUGACUCUGGCAGCGACAAAGCCAGGAGCCCCGCAGGGGUGGUGCCUUCCACUUCCGCCUGCAUGCCAAACCCCAAUACCCAGGUCCAGUCGCCGCACCCCCAGUUCCCCCACAUCUCCACCACCAUUAAUGGGACCAGCUCCAAUCCCAGCACCAACCACCAGAACCCUUCAUUCAUCAACAGAGCCAGGAAAAUGUCCCUCAACUGUUCCUCUGCCACUUCAUCCGGGUGA